UCCGCUUGCUUGUCGUUUGCUGUUUCACUGUGUAGAUCUACAUGCGACAAGAUUACCGGUUGAUUAGCCAUGGUGUUGUUCAAUAUUCGCCAGUGUUCUUUAUUUUUGGGUACACUUUUAUUUUUUCUGUUACUAGGAGAAUCAAGAAGUGAUGGUGUAUUCGGAUGUGGAGGAUUUGUCAAGUCUGACGUGGAAAUUAAUUAUUCGUUGGUCGAGGUCAAGCUUUAUACACCACAUGGUAGUAUAAAGUACCAGACAGACUGUGCUCCCAACACCGGCUACUACCUCAUUCCUCUUUAUGACAAAGGGGACUAUAUCCUGAAGACUGAGCCUCCUAAGGGAUGGGGAUUUGAGCCUCAGAGUGUGGAGCUGAAGGUGGAUGGGGAGAACGACAUGUGCAGCAAAGGCGAGGACAUCAACUUCAAGUUUACGGGAUUCUCCGUCUAUGGCAUGGUGGUCAGCUCUGGGCAGAACACGGGUCCAGCCGGCGUCCAGCUUCAGCUCACUUCUGCUGCUUCCUCCGAUGUGUUAAGCACUGCCAAGACAGAAGACAGCGGAAGAUUCUCGUUUUCAAAUGUUAUGCCGGGCGACUACAAAAUCAAAGCAUCCCAUCCGUCAUGGCAGUUCAGCAAGAACGAGAUUCCAGUGCAGGUGAAAAACGACAAUGCGAACAUUGGUCCAGCUCUGACUAUUGCUGGUUAUGAUGUGAAGGGACAAGUGACUGGUGAUGGUCAACCAAUGAAGUCGGUCAACUUUGUUCUUUUCUCUGAGUCGGGCCAAGCAAAGAACAUUCCCCAGUGCCAGGCCGGCGCCCCUAAAGGCUUCCACACGAAGGAGACUAAACUAUCACCCAUAUGUCAUGUGACUUCUCGCGAUGACGGAACUUUUGUUUUCCCCAUCGUGCCCUCAGGCUCCUACUUUUUGAUCCCGUUCUACAAAGGAGAACAUAUCACGUUUGACGUGGAGCCUGGGAAGCUUAACUUUGUGGUGGAACACGGAUCUCUCCUUCUGAAGGAAAAAUUUGAAGUUGCCGGCUUUUCUGUCAGUGGCAAAGUAUUGGACAAAGAAAAUGGAGUGGGCAUCCCCAAGGCCGUCAUCUUGAUCAACGACAAGGAGCAGACGGUCAGCGCGGAGGACGGUUCAUUCAACCUGGAGAACAUGAAGACGGGCACGUACCGCCUCAACGCCAAGGUGGAGAACGUGGCCUUCGAGGAGAUGUCGGUGGAGAUCACGCCCAAGACCCCGCAGCUGCCCAGUCUGGUCGCCGCUGGGUUCAGCCUGUGUGGCAAAGUGACCAUUGACCGAGUCCCUGAGAGUCUCGGCAAACUGUCCACACAGCGCAGGCUCAUCUACUACCCAGAGGGCAAGGGUUCGGACGCCAAGUCGACCGUCACUGACUCAACGGGUGCCUUCUGUGAGAUUGUUCAGUCUGGGAAAUAUGUUGUGAAGGUGCACAUGACUGAUGCAGAGGUCAAGGCCGGCCUGACCUUGGCUCCCUCGGAGAAGGUGGUCAACGUGCUGAGCAAGCCCGUACUGGACGUGAACUUCUCUCAGUUCCGGGCCCAGAUUUCUGGCACCGUCAAGUGUAUGGAGAAAUGUCAGCCGAUGGAAGUGACCUUGGACGCUGUGGGUCGCUCGGACUCGCAGGUCAGAGUCCAGGCCAAGACGUCUGGCAACGAGGCUUCCUUCGUCUUUGAGCACGUCAUGCCGGGCAAAUACAAAGCUUCUAUUGUGAUGGACACGUGGUGCUGGAAGGACCGCUCCAUCGAGCUGGAUGUCGUGGACAACGACCUGACGGGCCUGGAGUUUGUGCAGACGGGAUACAUCCUCAAGUGCAGCGUCUCGCACCCCAUCACCAUCAACUUUGCCCACAACAAGAAAGCCAAGAACGUGGGUUCCUUCCUCCUGGACAAAGGUCUGAACCGCUUCUGCCUGGCCCACCCGGGAGUCUACCAGCUGACCCCAGACUCGUGCCACAAGUUUGACCAGGACAACUACAGCUACGACACUUCCAACCCACUGACCCUGACCCUGACUGCCAUCCAACACCUGGCCCUGGGAACCAUCACCACGGAGGUCCCUGUCAGCGACGUUGUGGUCACCAUCAGGUCAUCAGUGGACGACACUCCCACAGUGCUGGGCCCGCUACAGCCCAACAGCACGGCAACAGCAGCGCAGGCGGCCGCAGACAAAACAGCAGGUGAUGGAAAGACAGCUGCAGCAGCAGCGGCCGCGCCCAAACGAACAGUCUACAGCUUCUCACACUGGGCCAGAUCGGGUGAGACACUGACAGUCUCUGCCAAGUCUCUGGAUCUACUGUUCUACCCAGACUCUGUGGAGGUCUUUGUCAGUGGAGACGACUGUCCUGGCACGGUGGCCGAGCUGACCGGACGUAAGGGUGUGUUCAUCGAGGGCAGCAUCACUCCUGCCCUGGAGGGGGUCACGGUCACGGUGACGGCACAGGACGACUCGAUGGAGCCCAUCGUGGUGACCACACAGGCCUCGGGGAAAUACCGGGUUGGCCCGCUGCACGCAGACCGCCAGUACGCCGUGGCGGCUCAGAAGGAGGGCUAUGUCAUGUCGCAGGUCAAGGGCAAGGAGAUGUCAUUCCAGGCCUUCAAGCUGGGGGAGAUCUCUGUACAGAUGCUGGAUGAGUCUGGCCAGCCUCUGCCGGGUGUGCUCCUGUCUCUGAGCGGGGAGAAGCAGUACCGUUCCAACAACGUGACGGGCACCGACGGACACAUGUCUUUUCUGGGACUGAGCCCGGGCCAGUACUUCCUGCGGCCCAUGAUGAAGGAGUACAAGUUCGAACCCGCCUCUCAGAUGAUCCAGGUGCAGGAGGGGACCACUGAGAAGAUUGUCAUCAAGGGGGCUCGUGUAGCUUUCAGGUGGAGUCGGCUGAUCUGACAGACAUCAACAUCAUCGCCUUCCGCAGAAUGAACCAGAUGGACAUCAGCGGCAACGUGAAGACCAAUCUGAAAUUCCUCCCGACCUUGAAGGUUCGCCUGGUGUGUGAGACGCAGCCCGACUCCCCCAUCCACACCAUGACCCUCAGCAAGUCCACCUUCUUCUUCCUGCCCUCCCUGGUCAUGGACAACAAGUUGCGCUCGGUGGACCAGGAUUUGAACCAAGGCUCGUACCUCAUCCUGCCCGUGGUGGCCCUCAUCAUUGCCCUGGCCUACAACUACAAGACG